AUGCGCCUGUUUCUGCAGCUGCUGCCACUGCUGCUGUCGAGGGCCCAGGCGGACUCCGGGCUUUCCUUGGAGGGCCGCCCUGGGGACCGGGUGAAUCUCUCCUGCGUAGGGGUCUUGUAUCCGAUCCGGUGGGCCUGGGCACCUAGCUUCCCAGCCUGCAAGGGCCUAUCUAAAGGACGCCGACCGAUCCUGUGGGCCUCUUCGAGGGCGACCCCCACUGUGUCUCCUGUCCAGCUUUUUGCUGGCCGCCUACGCGCCCUGGACCCUGGUAUACGGCGGCUAGAGCUUCUUCUGAGCGCGGGGGACUCGGGCACCUUUAUCUGCAGGGGCCGCCAGGAGGACGAAAGCCGGACAGUGAUUCACGUGCUGGGAGAUGGGGCCGAUUGUAAGGCCCCAGAGCCUAGCCAGGGGUCCGUGUAUCCCCAGUUCCUGAUCCCUCUGCUGGGAGCUGGGUUUGUGCUGGGACUCGGAGUGUUGAGCGUGGUCUGGUGGCAACGCAGGCGCUCGUCCCCGCACCCACUUCAACCACUCCCCAGAUUUGCUCCACUUGUGAAAGCUGAGCCCCAGAGGCCAGUAACGGAAGAGGAGCCUAAAAUUGCCGGUGACCUAGACCAGGAGCAGAGCCUGCUCUACGCAGACCUGGAUUGUAGGGCCCUCAGAAGGCCUGGCCGGUUGUCCCCAGUGGUCCCUGCUGAUGCUUCCACCAUCUAUGCGGUUGUAGUUUGAAGGAAAGCCCUUACUCCAAACCUCACAAGCUGUGGACUCCCAGCUCUCCAUAAAUGCCCCCCGCAUCACUCCCCCUACACCCUCAGCUUCUCCUCUGGAAAAGGAAGGCACCAUGGGAUAGAAAUGAGUAGACUGGGAGUAAGGAAACCUGGGUUCCAGGCUAUCCCUGCCACUGAUCUCGUUCUUUCAGUUACCAUAUCUCUCCUAUAAUCUCCAUGUCUCUUUCAUCACUGGUAUCCUCUCUAAACCUCAUCAAGCCCUGUCUCCCCAUCUUAAGACAUUAACCACUUGUAGAUACUUGUCCCAUCUCUCUCCAUCCCUCUACAGUCAGAGGCCUACACUCAUCUCUCCUACUUUGUUCACUCUCCUCCCAGUGAUGUCCUAAUGGCUAUACUCAGUAGACAUUUUUUAGCAUUCAUUUGGCUUGGUUUUUGAUUACUCCUUUCUUUAAACUGUUUUUAUUUAAUGCUGGUGUCUUCCUUCUGGAUUCCUCUUCCUUUCUCCCUACCCCACAGUAUUCCCCACCUUUCUAGUUUUGUCUCUCUUCUGGGAAGCUGUCAUUCACAUCCAGUCCUUAUCCCUCGCCUCAGCAAAUGACACCCAGAACUCUCUACAACUCAGAUCUCAGAUAUAGGAUUCCCAAACUGUCCCUCAGACAUCCCUGCCCUAGGCAUUUUGAGCACUGCAUAUCCAAAACGCAACCCAUUGUCAUCUCCCAAGCCACUCACUUAAUUCUCCUCUGCAUUCUCUCUUGAUCAACCCAGUCGUCCAAGCCAGAAACUGGGAGCCAUGCAGAUCUCCUUCCUUUCUCUCCCACACAAUGAACCAAGUCCUGCCAUUCUAUUUUAAUCACUGUCAAAUCCAUACCCUUCUUCAUGCACAGCGCUGUCACAUGACUGUACUCCUCAUUUCUUGCCUGGAUUCCCCAAAGCCCCACCUCAUCCUCCUGCCCUUGCCCUCCUCCCUGAAGCCAGCCUGUAUUUCAGUACUGCAGUAUUUCU